AUCAGACCUCUCUUUUAUAGGUUAUCCCUGAGUGAAAUGGUCGUCCCCUAUGCAGAGACUAUUGCACCUCACGCUCGAAAGCCGGGUAGUUUCAUGAGCCAUUCUGGAGAGCCAGUCACGAUUAACCAUGCAAUUUGCAUUCAUGAAGAAGAUUUCGUCCAGGAGGUCGCUCUCGUUCAGUUCGUUCUCGUAGACUGGUCAUCUCCAUGGUCGCUAACCUGGCAAACUAUGAAUAUGCUUGGUAUUACUACUUUGGACAAGAUGGUGAGAGGAAGUCAUUGA